AUGAAAUCCUUCGUUCUGCUCUUUUGCCUGGCUCAGCUCUGGGGCUGCCACUCGAUCCCGCUUGACCCGAUUGCAGGUUAUAAGGAACCGGCCUGUGAUGACCCAGACACAGAGCAAGCAGCCUUGGCGGCCGUGGACUACAUCAAUAAGCACCUUCCUAGGGGCUACAAGCACACCUUGAACCAGAUUGACAGUGUGAAGGUGUGGCCAAGGAGGCCCACAGGAGAGGUAUAUGACAUUGAAAUAGACACCCUGGAAACCACCUGCCACGUGCUGGACCCCACGCCCCUGGCGAACUGCAGCGUGAGGCAGCAGACGGAGCACGCGGUGGAAGGAGACUGCGAUAUCCACGUGCUGAAACAAGAUGGCCAGUUUUCCGUGCUGUUUACAAAAUGUGAUUCCAGUCCAGACUCCGCCGAGGACGUGCGCAAGUUGUGCCCAGACUGCCCCCUGCUGGCCCCGCUCAACGACAGCCGGGUGGUGCACGCAGUAGAGGUCGCGCUGGCUACCUUCAAUGCCCAGAAUAACGGCUCCUACUUUCAGCUGGUGGAAAUUUCUCGGGCUCAAUUUGUGCCUCUUUCAGCUUCUGUCUCUGUGGAGUUUGCAGUGGCUGCUACUGACUGUAUUGCUAAAGAUGUCGUAGAUCCAACCAAGUGCAACCUGCUGGCAGAAAAGCAAUAUGGCUUCUGUAAGGGGUCACUCAUUCAGAAAGCUGUUGGUGGGGAAGACGUCGCAGUGACUUGCACAGUAUUCCAAACGCAGCCUGUGAUUCCGCAGCCCCAGCCCGACGGCGCGGAAGCUGUGGCCCCGAGCGCCGUGCCGGACGCAGCCGCCCCUGCGCCUUCUGCAGCGGGGCCGCCCGUGGCCUCCGUGGUGGCGGGGCCGAGCGUGGUGGCCGUGCCCCUGCCUCUGCAUCGGGCACACUAUGAUCUGCGCCACACUUUCUCCGGUGUUGCCUCAGUGGAGUCAGCCUCGGGAGAAGCGUUCCGCGUGGGGAAAACACCCGUAGGGGGGCAGCCUGGCGUUCCUGGUGGUCCAGUCCGCCUUUGCCCAGGCAGAAUCAGAUACUUCAAGAUCUAG